CUCGCGAGCCGGCGAGUGUGGGGCGCCGCAGGGCGGGAGCCGCUGCUACCACCGCCGCCACCCGGAGAUCGCAGCCCCCGCCAUGUCGGACUUCGACAGCAACCCCUUCGCCGACCCGGACCUCAACAACCCCUUCAAGGAUCCUUCGGUUACGCAAGUGACAAGAAAUGUUCCCCCUGGACUAGAUGAGUACAAUCCUUUCUCUGAUUCAAGAACAGCUCCUCCAGGAAAUGUGAAAAUGCCUAAUGUACCCAGUACUCAGCCAGCAAUAAUGAAACCAACAGAAGAACCACCUGCUUACACUCAAAUUGCAAAGGAGCAUGCCUUGGCCCAGGCAGAACUACUAAAGCGUCAAGAAGAAUUGGAAAGAAAAGCUGCUGAACUGGAUCGCAGAGAAAGGGAAAUGCAGAGUCUCAACCAGCAGGGGGGUAGAAAAAAUAACUGGCCACCUCUUCCUGAGAACUUUCCAGUGGGACCGUGUUUCUACCAGGACUUCUCUGUAGAUAUUCCUGUAGAAUUCCAGAAGACUGUAAAGAUCAUGUACUACUUGUGGAUGUUCCAUACAGUGACACUGUUUCUUAAUAUCUUUGGAUGUUUGGCCUGGUUUUAUGUUGAUGCUACUCGAGGUGUUGAUUUUGGAUUGAGUAUCCUCUGGUUCUUGCUUUUUACACCUUGUUCUUUUGUCUGCUGGUACAGACCACUUUACGGAGCCUUCAGGAGUGACAGUUCAUUCAGGUUCUUUGUGUUCUUCUUUGUGUAUAUCUGUCAGUUUGCUGUACAUGUACUUCAAGCUGCAGGAUUUCAAAGAUGGGGAAACUGUGGAUGGAUUUCGUCUCUUACUGGUCUUAAUAAGAGUAUUCCUGUUGGCAUUAUGAUGAUCAUCAUAGCUGCACUUUUCACAGCAUCUGCUGUGAUCUCAUUAGUUAUGUUUAAAAAGGUUCAUGGUCUCUACCGCACAACUGGUGCUAGUUUUGAGAAAGCACAGCAAGAGUUUGCAACAGGGGUGAUGUCCAACAAAACUGUACAGACUGCUGCAGCCAACGCCGCAUCGACAGCAGCAACCAGUGCAGCUCAGAAUGCAUUCAAGGGUAACCGAAUGUAGAGGAAAUAAAAGAAAUUGUUGCGGUUCUCUUUGUGCUUUAUUUUCAGGUCAUUUAUUCUGUUUCCUAAAAGCCUAGAAUAAAAUUAACACAGCAUGUUUGUCUUUUCUCCAGCUGUGCAUGGGUAAAAUGGGAAAUGUUAGUUUUGUUCUAUUAUGAAUUUAUUUAUUUUGAAAGCAUAUUCUUUGCCCUUCUUUUAGAAGUUUCUAUCUAUGAUGUAAAGCCCUCUGUAUUUUAUGGGAGAUAAGUAGUUCCAACAAUUAGCCUCAUAUUGGACAAUGGUAUCUAAUUAUCAAAUAAAUAUAUUAGGAAUUUGAUAAAUUCUUCAAAUUUUUUAGGGUAAGUCUUUUGAUAUAAACCUGUAAAUUUUCAUGAAUGCUGUUGAGUUAUCUGAUCAUACUGAAAUCAUGUUUUGGUCCAGAAUUUACUUGCACCAUUUUAUAGCAUUCGUUUUAUCUAUUUUCAUGGAGUAUUCUCUUCCUGUGAGAAACGACAAUGAUGCAUAAACAUUCUUUGUAACGGAAUGUCUAAUGCAGUGUACAAGUUAAGAAAGUUAGCUAACGGUUACAAUCACAGACAUAAAUGAUUAUAUACUAUGUUUUUUAUUUCAGUAUUUCUUUCUUGAGGUAAUAAUUUUGCUGGAAAAGAACAGAUAUUGAUGUUUAGAACACUAGUUUCUUGUUUAGCUCUCCUCAUUGACCUGCAGUGGUAUUUUUGUUUUGGGGAUCCUUAGAUUUUUUUUUUUUAGUGUGGUUUGUGUUGAACAGUGGUACUGAAUCUCUAGCCUUGUCAGUCACUCUGUUUACUGCUUGUCCAAAAAUAUAAAUACACAGUAUUUAAUUUUCUUACAAUAAUAUUGUCUAAGAUGAAUCUUUCUAAGCAAUGGCAUUACAGAUACUUGAAUGCAUUUUAACAUAACUCAGCCAUCUCUGUGAUUUACACUUGGAAGAGCUUCCUGUUUCAAACUGAAAAAGUGAAAACUAUUCAUCUUUCACAACGUCAUUGAGCUGAAGGCCGAAAAGAUUGAACGGUUGCUGAGGAACAGAACAGUCAGUAAUGGGAUGUGCCAUUGUAUUGUUCUAAAGUUUAAUCAGGUCUUUAAUUAUAAAGUGAUGGAUUUGUCCUUUGAAGGUUACUUAGAGUUCCUUGAUUUGGCUCAUGAGCAUAAUGUUUGGACUAUUUUUUAAGCUUUGUUUUAGAAAAUGAAAGCAGAACAUCAUCCCAUGACCUGUAGUGUAAUUUUAUUGUGGAUGAAAUUUUUUCAGCUCUUAACGUGUGAAUCACUUUUGGCAAGAUUGAGCCAGAAGUUUCUGCGGCCCCUCCAUGCUGACCGAUUAAAUCUUUCUCAUACAGUGUAUUUAUAAUAACAUAAACUUUCUAUUUUUUAGUGCUAUUAACUUAAUUCCUUGAUGAGUACUACCAUUAGCUGUAGUAAUUAGUCGUCUUUAUUUUACUGACUUCUUUAAAUCCAACUUGAGUUUGGAUAAAUGUAGCAGUUUUACCUACACAGAAGUUUAAUAAUAAUAAUAUGCUAUCAUCUAAAUAUUCUUUGAAUCACAAUGUUAAAAGCAAUUUAAAUGUUCUAUCUAAUAGGGGCUCUAAAAUUUUACAGUAGUGAAUAGGUUAGCCUUGAACUUAAAUCUGUGUGGGAUGUUAAUAAAAGCUUUUCAGACAGGUCUUCAUUUUCUGCUGAGAUGGGGUCUACACUUCUAGCAGCUGUGCAUCAAAGUUGUUCUUUUCAAAAUCCUUCACAUUUGACUUGGCAGUUCUGUUCAGGAGCUGUAAUACGGAUUAUUUUGAAUCUAAAUUUAAGUAGUUGUCUUGGAUCUCCCUCGGAUUUGAAUCCCAGUGACAUAAUCCUUGCUUUAAGCUGAAGAAUGCAUAAUACAAAUUACCUGAAUAUAAUAGGGAAAAGAUAUACAUUUAGGUAUAAAAACCUGAAUUUGGCAGGCAUAUUUUGCCAAAUGUUUAAAUGUCAAUGAGAAUGUUCAGUGUAGGCUGGGUGUCGAUUUGUAAUGUGCUGGGCUGAAUAUAUGGAUCUAAACCUGGUAAGCAAAAUUCAAGAGGCAGUUAUGGGAGCUUUUAAACCAGAAAUCUAAUGCUUUGCAGCCCAAAAGGGAGGAAGAAGUUUGAGUUUACCUUUGGCAACAGAAGGCCGAUGUUGGUUAAAAUACUUUUACCCAAAUAAAAUGAUAUUUCAGCCUCUUACUAAUUACCAGACUAUGGCACCCACUUGUCAUUUUGUAGUAUUGUGACAAAUUGAGUACAGAGUAUGAAGUUUAAACACUGGAAUGUCAGUAGUCAUUGAUACGUAAUAUAGGAGUAUUUAUCAUGGGGAUGUUUGUAUAUUUUGUAAAUUACUAACAAUGCUCUGUCAUCCUGGUGAAUGUCAUGAUUCUCUACGAAUACACUCCUGUCCCUCUGUUGCAUGUCUGAGCUGUUCAGAAGUUUUGUAUAUUUAUUGUAUUAACACGGUGUCACAGAAUAAAAAAAAAAACAACUUUUUUCUGGGAUUUUUGCUCUGUAUAGUUUUGAACAAAAUAGUCUGUUCUUUCAGAAUUCAGGAUGACAUGUGAGGCGGCUGAUCUAUGUAAAAAUCUCACUUGCCUUUUGUAAUUCUGUAUAUAAAUGCUUUAAUUAUGCUGAAAUGGGAAAGAUGCCCACUAUUGAAGUUAUACAUUAGGAUAAUCAGAACAGCCAACUCAGAUAUUAUAAGAAACAUUCUCAAAUACUUGCAGCCUGCUUCCUUGUGCUAGAUAGGUAGAGAGUCAAAAUCUAAACAUGUUUUGUCAUUACUGAAUGAAAUUCUGUGGCUAUCCAUUGAAUCCUGAAACGUUAUUGAAAGUAAAAUGAAGUUGCUGAAAGCAGCAUUGGUUUGGUA